AAAAUAAAAUGUGGGACUCCCUAUUACCCAAUCCAAUUUUCUCACACAUGGGAUUUUCUCUAUAAAUGUGAAGGUUUUGCAACUCCCUAUUACCCAAUCCAAUUCCAACCAACCAACCAACCACCCACCCUAAGCUCAUCAGUAUAGUAUUAGUAUCACUACUAAUUACUAGCUUCAUUAAUUCAUUCGUAUCCCAGCCAGCCAGCCACCCUACUUCUUUUCUUCAUUCCUACCUGUCUCUUCUCUCAUCAAUGGCCCAAACUACUCCUAAUCACACACAGACCGUAUCCGGUUGGGCUGCUCAUGAUUCUUCCGGCAAGAUUACUCCAUACACUUUCAAAAGAAGGGAGAACGGCGUUACUGAUGUGACUAUAAAAAUUUUGUAUUGUGGUAUUUGCCACACUGAUCUCCACCAUGCCAAAGAUGACUGGGGCAUUACUAUGUACCCUGUUGUUCCCGGGCAUGAGAUAACAGGGAUUAUCACCAAAGUUGGGAAUGAUGCAAAGGGUUUCAAAGAAGGAGACAGAGUUGGUGUGGGAUGUUUGGCUGCUACAUGUUUGGAUUGUGAGUAUUGCAACACAGAUCAGGAGAACUACUGUGAAAAGUUGCAGUUUGUGUACAAUGGUAUUUUUUGGGAUGGUAGCAUCACUUAUGGUGGCUACUCACAGAUGUUGGUCGUAGAUUACAGAUAUGUAGUACACAUUCCAGAAAACCUACCAAUGGAUGCAGCUGCACCUCUACUGUGUGCUGGAAUAACAGUAUUCAAUCCAUUGAAGGAUCAUAAUUUGGUAUCAUCACCAGGGAAGAAAAUUGGUGUGGUUGGUUUGGGAGGACUUGGUCACAUGGCUGUUAAAUUUGGUAAAGCAUUUGGUCACCAUGUUACUGUCAUAAGCACUUCUCCUUCCAAAGAAGCUGAGGCUAAAGAACGUUUAGGAGCUGAUGAUUUCAUAAUCAGCACCAAUCCUGACCAAUUGCAGGCUGCAAGGAGAAGUUUAGAUUUCGUUUUGGACACUGUAUCAGCAGAUCAUGCUCUCUUGCCCAUUUUGGAAUUGCUCAAAGUAAAUGGGACUUUAUUUAUCGUUGGUGCACCCGACAAGCCAUUACAAUUACCUGCUUUUCCAUUGAUAUUUGGGAAGAGAUCCAUAAAAGGUGGAAUCAUAGGAGGAAUAAAAGAGACGCAGGAAAUGUUGAAUGUUUGUGGGAAGCACAAUAUCACUUGCGACAUCGAGUUAAUCAAAGCAAACACAAUCAAUGAGGCUUUUGAGCGCCUUGCGAAGAAUGAUGUUCGCUACCGUUUCGUUAUUGACAUAGCUAAUGCUGCUCCCACCCAAGAUAACUAAUCCCUUUAUGGGUAGCAUUGUGCUUGUGCAAUUGAAUUCUAUAAUCCAGCCUAUUAGUAGUACUUUUCUAUUUUAAUAAGAUUAGUUAUCUUAUAUCCUUGCAUUACUAGAAUGUUUACAUCAAAUAUCUAUGAUCAUUAGUUUUAUUUUUAUAUUAAAAUUACUAAACAUUUGGAUUAGUUGUUGAAUCUAAU